CUAUUAAAAUGGUGGCAGUCUUGAAAAGUCGAGAGACCCCUCGAUGCUUUUGUACAACAUUAAAUACCAAAACUGUAUCUUAUCAAAACCAUAACGGUCGAAGCGUAACUUCGAUACGUUCAAUAUGAUAAUGAAUUAUAUUAUUAGUUCUAUACGUAGUUCAGUUGGUGGUACAAAACUAAAUAACGAAACAGUAGUUCUAACCUUAUAUUUGAGCAAGCUUGUGUAUUAGAAUAUGAAAACAAUGCGUGAUUGACUAUAAUUUAUAUUUGUAUGAAGAUUCAUCGUUACCACCAAUUAACAAAUAUUAUUUAUACGAAUGAGAUAAAUUUAACAACUAUAUACGAAAACUCUGAACAAUUUUGGAAGAUUAAUCAAUGAAAAUUUUUUAUUAUAAAAAAACUGUUUAGAUUCAUACAGAUCUAUUAAAAUGAUUUCUCAGUUGUCACAUGUUAUGACUCUUGCAAACAGUAUCAUUGGUGUAAGCGUUCUUGCUAUGCCAUUCUGUUUCAAACAAUGUGGCAUUAUGCUGGCUACUUUAGUUUUACUAAUAAGUAGCCUUCUAUCACGACUCGCUUGCCAUUUUCUUAUUAAGUCAGCUGUGAUGUCAAGGCGAAGAAAUUUUGAACUCCUAGCAUUUCACGCAUUUGGUCAAAUGGGAAAAUUUUUGGUGGAGUUGUUUAUCAUUGGAUUUCUUGUAGGAACAUGCAUUGCUUUCUUUGUUAUUAUGGGUGAUUUAGGACCACAAAUUGUAGGGAAAGUGAUAAACAAAAAUCCAGAAAAUAUUAGAACUAGUUUACUUGUAACAACAAGUAUUUUCAUAGUUUUACCGUUGGGAUUGCUUCGAAACAUUGAUAGUUUAUCCAGUCUUUGUACUGCCACAAUUAUUUUCUACCUUUGUCUUGUAUUAAAGAUAGUGACAGAGUCUACGCAACAUAUUUUUGCUGGAGAUUGGUAUGAACAUGUAUAUUAUUGGAGACCUUCUGGUAUAUUGCAAUGUAUACCUAUUUUUUCUAUGGCUUUGUUUUGCCAAACUCAAUUAUUUGAGAUAUAUGAAAGCAUUCCAAAUGUGUCAUUAGAAAAAAUGAAUGAAGUUGUACGAGGUGCAUUAAAUAUAUGUACUGUUGUUUAUUUAUGUGUCGGCUUUUUUGGGUACAUUGCAUUUUGCACACAGCCUUUUACAGGCAAUGUGCUAAUGAGCUUUGAACCUAGUUUGUCAUCUGAAAUGAUUAAAAUGGGAUUUGUGUUCUCCAUUGCAUUUAGCUUUCCUCUAGUCAUUUUUCCAUGCCGUGCAAGUUUAAAUUCCCUCUUAUUUCGUAGGGUGUAUGCCCAUGAAUCGUCUGCAAAUUAUUUACCAGAAACAAGAUUUAGAUGUCUUACUAUAGCAAUUGUGGCUGUUUCAUUGAUUACUGGCAUCCUAAUACCAAAUAUAGAGUUUGUUCUUGGUUUAGUGGGAUCCACAAUUGGAGUUAUGAUAUGUUUGAUAUUCCCAGCAAUAUUCUUCAUAUCUAUUAGUAGCAAACACACUAAUGAAAGACUAUUAGCACAAGUGAUUUUAUUUAUUGGCAUCUGCAUUAUGAUUCUGAGCACUUAUGCAAACUUGUAUGCAAUGGAAGAAUCUGGUAAUACGAAAGUAUUAAUAACAACAAGCAAACCUCUUAGUCAAAUUAGUAAUUUACCAUUAAAUUUAAACAAAGAUGAUCUUAACGUAGUUGCAAGUAUUCCUCAUGAUCAUGAGAUUCUACCGGAUAUUAAAGAGAAAAUAGAUCAGUUGCCGGAUUUAAAUGUACUUGAUAAAUCUAUAAACCUAAAGUCGAAAGAUGUACGUCAGGAACCACCGAUUCCUGUCGAGCGUAUUGUUGUCACAGAAAAGCCAGCAGUAGAAACACAAAAGCCAAUCGAAAAUGUAGUAGCCACCCUUCUUCCAAUAGUGGGAAAUGCGAAUGAAAUGAAACCGUUAAACGCGGACUUGCAGAAUAAACCAAAAACUAUAUUGCAAAAUAAUGUUGCAGAAAUUGUAGAUUCUAGUACAACGAAAACAGUAGAAAAAGAUACUGUUUUAGAGUUAAAGAAGAAUUUCAUUGAUCCACAAAAAAAUGAUAAUCUUAUAAACUCUGAUGCCAUCAAGAAAGAAGAAACAGAAUUGGCUGCGGAUGCAGAAAUUGUGGACGUAUUGGUUGCAGAGACGAAAAAAAAAAUUGAAAAAACAAAUCUUAAGAUAUAUAGAGAAGAAAGUAAAGGGCAAAAACUAAUAAAGGAUGUCCAAGCUCCUGGAGAAAAUGGAAUAAGAUUAAAAACUUUCAAUAAAAAGUUAAUUUUUCAAGAUAAAAAUAUUUCUCAAAAUAUAAAGAUUGGUAAUGAUAAUGAAUUUUUAAACAGAACAGAAGAAAAUGACAACGUUAGAGCGUUGAAAUCAAAAUUUGAAAAAUCGGAGUCCAACAAUGAACUUAAUGAGUUGAGGAAUAAUGAGCAUGUUGCAGCUAAACUACUGGAAAAUAACGAAAACGUGGAAAUCAACGUUCAAAAUGAAAAUUCUUUGCCAACCAAAAAUGUGAAUUAUAAAUCUUCAAGAAAUAAAGUGACCGAUCAAGAAAAAAUUAACGGCUUGAAAGAAGAACCUAUUUAUUCAAGAGAUUUACCAGAGGGUCCUAUUUUAAAUGCUUUAAUAAAACGAAGAAUCCAUAAAUCUAUAUCUGUGAACGAUUUAGCAAAUAAUAAAAGCGAAACUAAUAAAAAUCUGUCUAAAAACGAUGAAAUACCGGCUAACUUGCAAGAAAAAUCAGUUCUAAACGGUAAAAGUCGAAAAACACAGUACGAAUAUUCUGUACCCAUUGCUUUACAAAUGCGAAAUCAAACGAAGAUGGAAAAUAAUUCUAUUUUAUUAGCAAAUAAAUCGGAAGAAAAUGUUCAAGCAAUUCGAAGGGAUAUUUUAGAAGAUCAUGAACGUGAGAAACGUGAAAUUAAUGUAAAUCUAGAAGAAACUGAUACCAAAGUUACAAGUGAUAUUUUUGGUAAAAAUACGGAAGAAUUAGUAAGCAAUUCCACCAUAAAAGAUGAUCGUGACGAAUGUUCAAAACAAAACGAAAACGUAAAGGAUGGAAUUUUAACAAAUAAAUCUAAAACAACUGCGAAUCAAUCUGAGACUGGUUUGAUAGAGCCGCCGUUGAUUAAAGUUAAUAUGUACUUGUCAGAUCAGAAAAUAGCAAAUGCAAUAUCCGUAGAACCGAAUAUUGCUAUGGGUGGAGAGUAUGUUAAAUUAAAGCAACGAGAUUUAAAGUCCGUAGAUUCCAGUGAAGAUUGCAAUAUGUAAAUAUUUGGAGACCUGAUUAGGAAUAAUGUAUGCUACAUAAUAUAUGCGUGAAAACUUUAUUUUAUAAGUAGAAGUUAAGAAUUAAUUUUCCUUUAUUGUUUUUAUAAACUACUCAUAACUUAUAUUGCGUACAGUAAAACAAAUAACUCUAUAAUAUACAAAUAUUUUUGUUCCAAGCGUACUUUACAUAUCAAUAUACAAAUCAUAUUCUUUUACAUAACCAGUAUCUGUGAAUGAAUACAAUUAAUUAUUCAUAUAUUUUUACAGUGAAAAAAA